AAGACUUAGCGCGGUUUGACAGAUACAUGUCAUACAAUAAAUGUUUACAAAUACGAAAUAUUUUUAGUUAAUACAUUUAUAAAUCAUCUUGUUGUGCGGAUUGCGUGUAACGAAAAUUGUUCUAGUGUUUUGUGUUACAUUAAAAAUGACGUCUACUAUGAAUACUAUGAUGUACUUUCACGUACGAAAUAGGCCUCUCAGAACUCAGAACCGGCCUUAAUGAAACCGUACCGUACCAGAAGAUCGCUUCAGGAUCGUUCGCCCUCAUUUUUAACUUUUAUACGCUUUUACUCUGCUUCCUGGUCUCAAAGAACUCUCACGCAGCACAUUUUACCUUCUGGGCUGUCCGAUAUUUCCGGAAGCCAUCCCAGAUGCAAUUGAGUCCAGAAGACGGCUCCUUCUGCGUGCCCAGGAGCGCCUCCAAAAUAUAGGUACCCACGUCGCCCUGAUUUUGCUUAGAAUGUGUUUUGCAGUACCAAAAGUAACUUACCUUUUAAGAACAACUCCGACGUGGUUGUGCCCUGAAGAGAUAUCUUAUUUUGACGACACUUUGAAAGAUACAACUGAAAUUAUACUAAACGUGUCUCUCUCUGUUGACCAGUGGACCCAAGCUUCCCUGCCUGUGCGUCAUGGUGGCCUGGGGUUAAGGCGCGCUGGGGACGUAGGCCUACCAGCCUUCCUAGCUUCAGCACAUGGAGUCGCUGAUCUUGUUUCUAGAAUAUUACAUUCUCAUAGAGACAGUGUCACGAUCCCCUUCGUUAGGGAUGCGCUGGCAAUAUGGUCUGACCGAUUCCCCACUGCAUCCUUGCCCGAGGUUCCACAAGUGCAGAGAGCUUGGGAUGAUGCUGGUGCCAGAAUCACACUUUCCCGUCUUUUUAGCGCCGCUUCAGGUGUAGACUUGGCAAGACUCCGGUCGGUGUCUAAGGUAGAAGCAGGAGCUUGGUUGCAAGCUUUGCCUUCUCCUCAUCUGGGAACUCUCCUCGACAGUGACUCAAUGCGUGUGGCUGUGGCUUUCCGCCUGGGCUGUGAUGUUUGUAUACCUCACAAAUGCAUCUGCGGCUCCACGGUGGAAGCUAACGGCCAUCACGCUUUGAGUUGCCGUCGCUGUGCAGGAAGAUUUCCUAGACACCACGCGCUCAACGACAUCGUCCGGAGGGCCCUGGUAUCGGCAAACAUCCCUUGCGUACUAGAACCACCGGGCCUCUGCCGCACUGAUGGAAAACGUCCUGACGGCUUAACCCUGGUGCCUUGGCAGAAAGGUAAGUGCCUACUGUGGGACGCCACAUGCGUCAGCACUUUCGCCGCCUCACACCUAAGCCGGACGGUACAGGCAGCCGGCGCUGCUGCAGAAUCUGCAGCUCUGCUAAAAAGAGCUAAAUAUUCUGCGCUUGAGGCGAAAUAUUAUUUCGUUCCCCUCGCCUUUGAGACGACGGGGUGUUGGGGGUCAGAGGCCAUAGCGUUCAUACGGGAGUUGGGUCUUAAGCUGAGGGAAAGGACCUCCGAUGCUCGUGCGGGCUCGUACCUGGUGCAAAGGUUGUCCAUUGCCAUCCAACGCGGCAAUGCGGCAAGUUUAAUGGGCACCUUUGCACCCGUCCAGUCUGAGCCAUGA